GAAAAUGACCAUCCAAGAAACUGUAGAAACCGCGAAGAAAGAAGAAAGAAAUAUUAUAAAUUUUUUUUGCAGAUUCUGCAAUGAAGAUAACAAGAUUGGAGAAGAAAAGAAGAAAGGCAGAGAAGAAAACAAAGAAGAAGAAGAAGAAAUAGAAAGAGAGAGAUUUAAGGGCAUGCGGCUCCAAAAGUAUGAGACAGGUGGGCGGAGGCAAGAGCAGAAGAAGAUCAGAUUGAGGAUAGAGAAAGAGCUUAAGGCAAGAUACCAACUUGAGGAGCUUAUCCAGGAACAGCUCAACCGAUACAGAACCACAAUUCCAAUGCCACCCCAUGAAUUGGCUGCCAUUUCUUGGAAUGGAGAUUGGCGUCCAUCUCUCAUUAUUCACCUCCUCCAACUCCUGAUACCUCAUUCUUCCAACCACCGCCUCCUUCCGCAGCUUCUCCAUGAUGUACGCAUCGAGGAGGCUAUAAUUGAUGGCCAAAUGGCUGAGCUGCAAGCUCACCCUCCUUUUUUUUCAAAUUCAUCCGCAAUGAAUCACCAUUUCAACAAGAUUCACAACCUCAUCUCUAAGGCACAACAGCUAAGGUCUACUUGCAUUCAUAUAUCUUUUACUUGCUUAAAUGUAUUCAAUCUCAUAUUUACUUACUGCUCUCAUUACAGGUUCAACACAUUGGAGAUGGCUGUCAACAAGGUGCUGAAUCUCACCGAUGCAGCCAAGUUCCUUGUCGCUUUUUCUGGAAUUCAAGAUGCAAUCCACCACUUUGCUCAUCAACAGAGGAUAAAGGGCUUGCCCACUCUGCCUGCAUCUAGAACGGCAUGGGAUCUACCUCACACCUGAAAAAUAUGCUCCCAACAAC